UGAUAUUUCCAUUUUCAAGUCUUGUUGCUUUUACACUUCCCAACGAAGCCGAGCACUUCUUCAAAUUCUUCCUCCUCACAUAGCUCUCCGAUCUAACCAGUAAUACCCUAGCUUUGAAACGACGGCGAUUCAACUAUGAAGAUAACGGAGCUACAACGGCACCGUGAUCCACCAGACAGACCCCAGAAACAAUACGAUGAAGAAGAAGCAGACCUAGGGCACGACACUGUUCAUCAGAGACCCUAUCUUUUGCAGUUGCCAAACCGCAGAAUAGUCGACAUCCACUGCAGAAUCCCAAUCAAGACACUCAUCAAAUGCAGGCGCGUAUGCAAGUCUUGGCGAUCUUUGUUCUCACAUCCUCGAUUCACCAAAGACCUACUUGCCAGAACACCCACUUGCUAUUUGGUGAUGGCUUCGGGUAGGUACUUCUUGCUUGACUUCAAUGAUACUUCGACCCCGAACGGCGUCGCAGCACUGAAAACAACAUUUCUUAGAAGCAGCGACGACUUUGUGGGAUCAUGCAAUGGCUUCCUCUGUUUAUACAAGAAGCAGCUAAACCGUCAGGGUUUUUUCAUAUCCAAUCCCAUCACCGGUGAGUGUUUACCUCUUCCGAAACCGAUGAAGCAAGAUGAUCCUCCCCCCAUUUCUUGUGGGCCUUCUGCUGAUGCCAUCACUAAUAACAUAUUGGCUUUUCUAGAAUCCACUCGUCCAAAGUCUGUUAAGGAAAUUGUGUAUCAAUCUUGUUGUGCAUUUGGGUUUGGGUUUAGUCCCAUCAGUGGUGUCUACAAAGUAGUUCUCUUUACUUCUUCAAGGUUAAUGGAAGCUUCAUCUCCGCGUGAGUUUGUGCUUAGAAGUGGACCUCCGAAGGUGAUGGUUCUGACUGUGGGUGCUGGGAGUUGGAGACAUAUUGGGGACUCUGUUAUGUGCAAUUUUGACCAUCAGUCAGGAAUUUAUCUUAAUGGCUGUCUUCAUUGGAUAGGUCUACCCACUCAGGGUGCUCGUUUUAUAUAUGCGUUUGACAUUGAAAGUGAGUGCUUCCAACAGAUACAUCUACCUCCUUUUACUUUAGAUAACGAGAUAACUAAAUGUAACCUUGGAGUUGUGAACGGGUGCCUCUCUAUAACUGUUCCUUCAAGUUAUAAUUUCACUGUUUGGGUGAUGAAGGAUCAUGGUGUUAAGGAUCCUUGGACAAAAGAGCUUGAUAUUAAAGUGGAUUUGCAUUUAGGGUGUGGUUCUUCUACUCAAGUUUUGAAUUCUUUAAAGGAACGGCAAGUAUUGUUGUUACAGAACAGGUUGCAGGCUCAUAUUCCUGGAAGAAGAGGCUUUGUGGGGGUUGAGGUUGAUGGGAUACCAUCUUCGAUUGACGCUUCAUAUCUCUACGUUCCAAGCUUCGUUUCACUUAAAGAUGUCUUUGGGGGUCAUAACUUGAAGGAGAAAAGAGGACCCAAGAAGGCACAAACAACACAUAAUGACAAAGAAGAAGCAGAGCAAUUGCACAGCAUUGAUAAGACACCCUACCUUCUGCAAUUGCCAAACCGCGUCAUAGUUGACAUCCACUGUAAAAUCCCAAUCAAGACACUCAUCAAAUGCAGGCGAGUAUGCAAGUCUUGGCGAUCUUUGUUCUCAGAUCCUCGAUUCACCAAAGACCUAUUUGCCAGAACACCCGCUUGCCAUUUGGUGAUAGCUUCGUGUAGGUACUUCUUGCUCGACUUCAACGAUGCUUCGAGCCCAAACGGUGUGGCAGCACUGAAAACGACAUUUCAUAGAAGCAGCGAAGACAUUGUGGGAUCAUGUAAUGGCUUCCUCUGCUUGUACAAGAAGGAGCUAAAUUGUCACGGAUUUUACAUAUCCAAUCCCAUUACAUGUGAGUCUUUACCUCUUCCAAAACCUAUCAAGCAAGAUGAUCCUCCUCCCAUUUCUUGUGGGCCUUCUGCUGAUGCCAUCACUAAUAACAUAUUGGCUUUUCUAGAAUCCACUCGUCCAAAGUCUGUUAAGGAAAUUGUGUAUCAAUCUUGUUGUGCAUUUGGGUUUGGGUUUAGUCCCAUCAGUGGUGUCUACAAAGUAGUUCUCUUUACUUCUUCAAGGCUCAUAGAAGCUUCAUCUCCGCGUGAGUUUGUGCUUAGAAGUGGACCUCCGAAGGUGAUGGUUCUGACUGUUGGCUCUGCGAGUUGGAGACAUAUUGGGGACUCUGUUAUGUGCAAUUUUGAUCAUCAGUCAGGAAUUUAUCUUAAUGGAUGUCUUCAUUGGAUAGGUCUACCCACUCAGGGUUCUCGUUUUAUAUAUGCGUUUGACAUUGAAAGUGAGUGUUUCCAACAGAUACAUCUACCUCCUUUUAUUUUGGAUAACAAGAUAACUAAAUGUAACCUUGGAGUUGUGAACGGGUGCCUCUCUAUAACUGUUCCUUCAAGUUAUAAUUUCACAGUUUGGGUGAAGAAGGAUCAUGAUGUUAAGAAGCCUUGGACUAAAGAGCUUGAUAUUAAAGUGGAUUUGCAUUUAGGGUGUGGUUCUUCAACUCAAGUUCUGAAUUCUUCAAAGGAACGGAAAGUCUUGUUGUUACAGAAUAGGUUGCAGGCUCAUAUUCCUGGAAGAAGGGGCUUUGUGGGGGUUGAGGUUGAUGGGAUACCAUCUUUGAUUGACGCAUCAUAUCUCUACGUUCCAAGCUUUGUUUCACUUAAAGAUGUCUUUGGGGGUCAAAACUUGAAGUUUGGUAGAUCUGAAGAAUCGAGUGUUAGAGAAGCUGGUGAGUUGCAACAACCUGCACCAAAUGAGACAAAGCUCAGAAGGACCUGCAAUUUAAAAGACCAAUCUGUCAAAAGUCAAAGAGGGCCAGGUAAUGUGAAAGCUAAUGCAGCGGAUUAUGGGAAUGCUGAAGCAGCACAGCGGAAUCUUCUAUAUAAAGCUAAUGGAUUAAAUCAAGGGAAUGUGCAAUCUAAAGCUGCAGUAGUUGAACACAAACAACAGGACAUGAGAGCACCGAAGAAGGCAAAAACCACAGAUAGGGCUCAACCAAUAGAAGCCUCUGCCUCCCAAAUAGUGCCGAUAUCACCAUCAUCAUCCCAGUCCACACAGCCAUCUGUUUCGCUGCCAUUAACUGGAAAUCAGUUCAUUCAUCCCACAACUGUUCUAAAGAUGAAGACCAAGCCCCCUUCAAAGAGCAAGAGAGCUCCAGAAAAGAAGUAACUGUGACUAUACUAUGGCUUUUUUGGUUACAAUCAGUUUUCUGAAAGCUUUGGACUUUCCUUUGGUACAGUUUGUAACUGAUCAGUUGUUUUAGAAUGUGAUAACUGAUUCAAGCGUUUUGAAACUUUGCAACGGUACCAAUUGUUUUGGCACUUCAUCAUUUGAAACUGAUCAGUGGGCAGUUGGCAUUUUGUUAUCUUGCAAGCUUGGGACUCGCUUAAAUUAUAACUUACUUGAUCACCUUUGGUUU